CGUGUGGCCAAAGCCACCACAUUGCAAUGCAACAUCUGAUCCCUGGGGAGCACAGAGAGGAGUCUUUAAAAACCACAGGAUUUCUGUGAAAUGCAAAGCUCUGAGCCAUGGAACUGCCGAGGAGUCCCACACUCCAGAGAUAGAUGGGUUCCCACGCAGCUAGAGGUCAAGCAGAGCCCAAGUUUCCCAUUGCUGCACAGUAACUGUGGCUGCUGAAGAGGAAGCAGCUGUGCCAGAGUCUGACCUGGGAUUUCACCUGCUUAAGCCAGGCUUGUGUAGGCAAUAUAAACCCCUCAGAGCCCUGCUGCAGCACUGUUCUCCUGACCUGCCACUGGCAGCCUGGCCCAGAUGGCUCCCUGGAGGCUUCCCCUGCUCGCCGUGGCUCUGCUGUGGGGCUGGGUGCUGGCCUCCUCCUCCUCCCCCAGCACAGUUGCUCCCCCACGGGACCUUCGGAUCACCGACCCCGGGCUCCUGGGCUCUCUGGAUGUGGAGUGGAAGCCUCCGCCCCACACCCAGACCUUGGAGGAGUGCACAGUAAAAUACAAGUUUGAAUAUCGCAGCACUGGGGAUAGAGACUGGAAGGUUAUUUUUACUAGGAAGCUAAAACUCAGAGUUGGAUUUGACCUGAGCAGGACUGCUGAAGUGAGGCUGCAGACACUGCUCAGAGGACAGUGUACAGGUGAUGUGGAGGUGCAGAGUGACUGGAUUUAUGCAACAUUUCAGAUCCCACCACAAGGAAAACUUGAAUCAGAGGUCCAGAAUUUCAACUGCAUCUAUCAUGACUGGGAAUACCUGAAGUGCACCUGGCAGCCAGGUCUCCUCACACCUCGUGGUGUACAUUAUGGGCUAUAUUAUUGGUACGAGGGGCUGGAGCAGGCGCUGCAGUGUGAUCACUACAUCCAGGAGCACGGCGUGAACCUCGGCUGCGUGCUGCACAACCUCAGCCAGGCAGAGUACAGGGAUCUCAACAUUUGUGUCAAUGGCUCAGCAGCAGCCACUCUGCUGCGGCCACUCUACACCACCCUGCGCCUCCACAACCUCGCGCAGCCCUCGGCCCCGGAGCAGCUGGUGCUUUCCGUGUCGGCAGCCCAGGAGCUGCUGGCCGCCUGGAGCCCCCCGGGCGGGCGGGUGCCGCCGCACUGCCUGGAGUACGAGGUGCAGGUGGCGGAAGAUGCGGGGCAAGCCGCGGCUGCCUGGGCGUCUGUUUCGACCCAAAUGGAAACUGCUGUAACAAUUUCCAGAGCAAAUCAAAGCCACGUUUCAUGUGUUCGUGUCAGGGGGAGAACAAACAUUUUUUGUGCUGACCAGGGCUUUUGGAGUGAAUGGACGCAGGAUUGUUUCUCUGUGCCCAGAAAAGAGGACAAGCAGCUAUUUAUUCUCAUUCCAGUCAUCCUGAGUUUGUCAAUUAGCCUCAUAAUAUUUAUGUUGAUUGGCCAGUGCAAGAAAAGAUCCCCAGCAGGAAAGCCAUUGCACACACCUGUGGGAUUCUAACUGCCUGUGUCUGCUGUACUGCUCCUGUUUGGUGGGCUGCUCAUGGAACCACCCCAAGGACAGCCCAGGAGCCCUGAGCUUCCUGCAGUCCAGGUGGGUCUUCCCUGCCUGCUGCCACUUGUGAAGGCAGCUGUUGCAAUUCCAGUCCUUAACGGCCCAGGAAAACUGGAGGGGCUUAAAGUGACUGCAGGAAAACUGGAAGAGAUCUAACCUGACUCUGAAGCAAGGUGUUUCUGAGAAUAGGACAAGGGAGAAAAAGAGGCAGUGGAAACUGCCAUAAAUAAAGACAACAGGUUGUUCUGUG